GUGAUGUUUCAAAAAUGAGAGACGACAAGAGGGGUUUGCCUGCGGACCACCACGGUGAGGCGCCACAUCUGUUACAGAAAAAAGCUAAGAAGAAGAAUAAGAAGGGGAAGACCCUCACUCUGACUGACUUCCUGGCUGAGGACAGUGGAGGCAGCAGCGCCCCCCCAAGCUACCCAUCCAAGUCAACCAGCUGGGCCGAUGAGACCGAUGAUCUGGAUGGCGAUGUUUCGACUUCAUGGCACACAGAGGAGGACAGCUACCGGGCCCCACCUAUUGACCGCUCCAUCCUUCCCACAGCGCCUCGCUCAGCUCGUGAACCCAAUAUUGACCGGUCCCGACUGCCCCGCAGCCCGCCUUACACGGCCUUCCUGGGCAACCUGCCCUACGACGUCACUGAAGAAUCGAUCAAAGACUUCUUCCGCGGCUUGGCAAUCAGUGCGGUGCGUUUGCCCCGAGAGCCCAGUAACCCAGAGAGGCUGAAGGGCUUUGGUUAUGCUGAAUUUGACGAUGUGGAUUCCCUCCUGAGGGCCCUCAGUCUCAACGAGGAGAACCUAGGGAACCGAAGGAUCCGUGUGGACAUCGCAGACCAGUCUAAUGAUAAAGAGAGGGACAGUGGGUCUAUGGGAGGCAGAGAUCGAGGUGGACGGAUGGGUGACAUGGGUCCUGACAAAACAGACUCUGACUGGAGGGCUCGGCCCAGUGGAGAAGACGAUGGACCUCCCAAGAGAGAAGAUGCCUUUGGAGAGAGAUCACGAGACCGUUAUGAAUCAGAUCGUUACAGAGAUGGGCCAAGACGGGACAAUGACCGCUAUGACGGAGGAAGAGACCGCUACCGAGACCGCUAUGAUGACAGGGACCGCAGAGACCGCUAUGAUGACAGGAACAGAGACUACGACAGAGGUUAUGACUCUCGUGGUGGUGGAGGAGGUCGUCGUGCCUUUGGUAGUGGCUUCCGCCGUGAUUAUGACGAUGGUCGGGGAAGCAGUGAUCGUUAUGGGGACCGGGAUCGUUAUGGCGAACGCGAUGACCGGUAUGAGAGACGAGACGACAGGCGUGAGGAGAGAGCUCCUCAGCAAAGACCCAAGUUAAACCUUAAGCCCCGUAGCAUACCCAAGGAGGAGGAAGGUAGCGGCGGUACAUCCCCUGGAGCUCCAGCCUCUGGCAGCAGAACCUCAUCCAUUUUUGGUGCGGCCAAGCCGGUCGACACAGCAGCCAGGGAGAGGGAGGUGGAGGAGAGGUUGAAGAAAGAAGAGGAGAGGCUGCAGAGGCAGAUGGAGGAGGACAAAGGCCGAGGACCUGACAGAAGGAUGAGAGACAGGGAUCCAAGCUGGCGCAAUGAAGAAUCUCAUGCUGAGCGAUCUCGCACAGGCAGUGAGUCUUCACAGCAUGGGAGCUCUUCUGGAAGAGCUUCCAGGUGUCGAGACAGUGAGCGUUCAGGGGAGAAUGAGGUUUUCAGUGGAAGAGAAGGGGAACCCUCCUCCCCUGGAGCAUCCCCACAACCUCCCUCUUCUGGCUCCAAGGAGCCGCUGAAAGUGAUGCCUGCACCUCCUCCCAAGGAAAAUGCCUGGGCCAAGAGAAGUGCAGCCAGCACAGGCUCAAAUGAAGGUGACGGAAGACCUCCUGUAUCUCCUGUCUCCCCUGUCUCCCCGAGUGGUUCAGCUCCUCCCAAACUCAGCCCCCCAACUUCUGCAGAUGAAAGAGGAUCUGGGAAAGAUGAGAACAAGGCUGACGGUGUGCGUCGGGACCGGGGGCCCCCGCGGGCAAGAGGGGGGCCUGCAGGGCCUGGAGCAGGGCGGGGCCGAGGAGAGGGGCCCAACAGAGACCGAAGAAAGGAGGCAGACAGAAAGGAUAACAGAAGAGACCGAGACUCCAGACCACCCCCCGAGCCAAAGAAAUUUGAAGAAACCCCAACCCCCAAGUUCAGCUCAGCCAGUAAGUACGCCGCUUUGCUAAUGGACGGAGACCAAGGAGACGACGCAGAGGACGUAGAAUAAAGAGCAAAUAACGAGACAAGGCCCCGAAAGCCCAAGAAGAGGAGAUAAACCAACGAACGCAGAAAAAAAUAAUCUCACAUAGCUUAUGAAAAAAAACCCUCCUCACAUGGAAGAGGCUCCUGGGGAGGACGUCACUCCCUUUGUUUUCCUCCUACAAACCUGUCCUUUACUUUCAAGACACCCACCGAGUCCUCCCUCCCCUCCUACCCCCACCCUCUGGACUAUUCAGGUUCUUAAGAAUAGUCACAUACUGGACUUGUUUUAAAUGGAAAAAAGGAGUAGCUGACACAUUGAAAAUGAUGGAUAACAUUGAAUUAAUUGUAAUAAAUAAAUGGAAAAAGUGGGGAAAAAA